GAUCGGGCGUGUGUGAGUGUGCCAUGAGGAUGAUCAGGUCACCAGUCGACCUGACCUGACCAGUGCGGUGUGAGCCACAGCGCGACGCCAUCGGCAUGCUGGGGGCGGGUGCGCGAGCGCGCUGUCACUUGUGGUGGGGGGCGGGGAGGCCGCGGCGCGCCCCGCACCUGUGCUGGAAGCAGGUGUACACAUGUGUCCUAAUCGUGACGGUGCUGAGUGCCUCGAGUGUGCAGUGCUGCGGGCCAGGUCGGGGCGGGGGCCGACGCAGGCCGCCGCGCAAGCUGACCCCGCUCGUGUUCAAGCAGCACGUGCCCAACGUCUCCGAGAACACGCUGGGCGCGUCAGGCCUCACGGAGGGCGCCAUCACCAGGGACGACCCGCGCCUGCACGACCUCGUGCCCAACUAUAACUCGGACAUCAUCUUCAAGGACGAGGAAGGCACCGGCGCCGACAGGCUCAUGACGGAGAGAUGCAAGGAGAAGCUCAACACGCUGGCCAUUAGUGUGAUGAACCAGUGGCCGGGCGUCAAAGUAAGGGUGACCGAGGGAUGGGACGAGCAGGGUCACCACGCCCCUCACAGUCUCCACUACGAAGGUCGCGCCCUCGACAUCACCACGUCGGAUAAGGAUCGAUCGAAAUAUGGAAUGCUAGCCAGACUUGCGGUGGAAGCUGGAUUCGACUGGGUGUAUUACGAGUCCAGAUCUCACAUCCACUGUUCUGUAAAGUCAGAGUCGUCGGCCGCGAGCAAGCUGGGCGGCUGCUUCCCCGCGUCGGGCCAGGUCCUGACGCCGUCGGGGCCGCGCCCUGUGUCGGCGAUCCGCGAGGGCGACGAGGUGCAGGUGAUGGGCGCCGACGGCCGCCUCUCCUUCAGCCCCGUCCUCAUGUUCCUGCACCAGGACGCCGCCGUGUCCCGCGCCUUCCUGCAGAUCACCACGUCGAGUGGGACGUCCCUCACGCUCACGCCCUCGCACCUCCUGCUGGUCCUUCAGCGCCACCAGGAGGAGGAGGGGUUCGAAGAGGAGGACGGGACGGCGCUCCCUCCCCCUCCCCCGAUGCCCUCGGCGCCGCCCACGCUGAGCGAGGCCCUCGAACACGGAGGGGCUGUGCUGGCGGGGCGGGUGGAGGUGGGAGACUUCCUGCUGGUGCGGACGGGCGAGGGCGAGGCCGUGAGGCUGGAGGAGGUGGUGGAUGUGCGCCAGGUGGUGGGGUCGGGGGUGUUCGCGCCUCUCACAGCUGAGGGCACCGUGGUCGUGGACGGCGUCGUGGCGUCCUGCUACGCCGUGGUCGACUCGCAGGCCAUCGCGCACUGGGCCUUCCUGCCCGUGCGCCUCUACGUCAACCUCAAGGACGCUGCCAUCACACUGCUGCGCGCCCUGGGCUCCCUCGCGCCCCGCCUGCGCGGCCCCAUCACCCCCUCGUCCACCGGCCCCAACGCGGCCAAGGAGGACGGCCUGCGGAACCACAGCAGCGUGAGGCAGGAGGAACAGGAGGCGGGGAACGUCCUCCAGGACCUGCGGAUUCAAGAGGAAAUGGAGAAGAUGGGGAUGGAGGAGGUGAUGGAGGGAGGCAGCGAGGCGCUGGGAAGCAGGAAGGGCGACCGAGGGACGCACAUCCACUGGUACCCGCGGAUGCUGUACACUGUGGCGUCGUGGAUCCUCCCUACCCACCUCGUCUACUCGUAGCUGCCUCUCGGCGCCCUCGCCCUGACCUCUGACCUUUCCCUGGCCCCCCAAGAGAAGGGCCCGGAGACGCGGACAGGGAGGAGGAAGGAAGUGAAAAGGAAAGGCGGACCUGGACUGUGAAUGCGUCAGUGAUGGCCGGAACUGAAGGACAGUUUCUAAGGACAGACACUCAGAAUGUGCCUGAUAAGCCUGUUAUAUUUUUGUUUAUAUUGGCGCCCUCUUUACAGCCCCGAAAAAAAACCUACAAGGCCUAAAUAUGGCUUAAGACUUGGUGAUAAACAAAGAGAGAAAAAUAGAAUAAGAACGGUGUGAUCGGAAAGAAGGAUAAAACAUGGUGAAUUUCGCCGGAAACGAAUUAAUAGAGCAUGUGUAUAUAGGCCUAAGUACUUAAUGACGAUGUAUUUGUGAGAAAAAAAGAAAUGAAAAGACUUACGGAAAUCUAUGGCGUUCAUGGCAAGAAUAUUUUUUGGUGUUGACGUCAAGGAACUGAAUAUAUUAUCAUUUUAAUUGAUUUACAUGCUGGUGCUGUAAGGCUUCUGGCGGGAAAAUCAAAUCGACUUCCAAUUGGAAACAAAGAAAUUAGAAAACGAAAAUUAAAAGAAAAUGGACAGAGAAUGAGGAAUGAGAAAAAAUGGGAAUGGUAACGUAUCUGUUGCCACCAAAGAUUUUUGUUGACUUUGAAGAGAGAACAGGAGGAAUGAGAACAGAGGAAGUAAAAUUGUAAAUAUAUAAACUCCUCUAGUUGUGAAUGGAUGUAUAGUAGACAAGAAAAUGGUCGUUAGGGGAAGAGUGAGAGAGAGAGAGAGAGAGAGAGAGAGAGAGAGAG